AUGGAAAUAUACACCUUACAUCCACUGGAUUGGAACUCUGUGCGACAGCCCGUCCAGAUUGACCUGACAAUGAAGACAAUAGUUCUUAAUUUUCAUUAUAGAUGGAUCGAAUGUAAAUUUGUUGCAAAGUUCGAGUUUCUUUUCAAGCAUCCGCACCACCCUCGAGGUCGAGCGGAGGAGGUGAUUCUUUUUACGGUUACAGAUCAAGGUAUUGUUUCCAUUGCUUGGUCGACAAAUUUAGGGUUUAAGAUCGCUUUAAUCGAUUCAUUUAUCAUAGUUAAUUUUGGUAUUCCAAAUGUUUGUAGAGAGGGACUUAGCACGAGACCGGUGGCGAGCUCCGAUGAAAUACAGUUGCGGAUUGACCCGAUCCAUGGGGAUUUGGAAGACGAGAUCACUGGCCUCCGUAGCCAAGUUAGGCAAUUACGAAACGUGGCUCAAGAGAUAGAAUCAGAAGCAAAGUAUCAGAAGGAUUUUUUAGAGACUCUGCUUGCUUUUAAUGACGUAACAGCAAAUGACUGUGAUGAAAGCUCAAGCUGGCGUGAAGAACAACAUCAGGAAAUUAAACAAAAGUAUCAUCAAGAAUGGUGGAAACCAUAUUGUUCACGUGGUUCUUUUUGCACUGUUUUGUUUCUUGGUGGUUUACCUAUGGUCCAAAAUGCCUAG